UUCUUGGGUGGCGGUGCCACGUCUUACCUAUGGGGCUUGGCCAUGGAUCGCCAUGGUCGCCGGCCCGUAGUGCUAGUCUCCCUCUUGGGGCUGGCCUGCACCACCGCUGCCUUUGGUCUCAGUCCGUCCUUGUGGGUUGCUGUCCUGGCUCGGCUCGGUUCUGGUGCCAUCACUUCCCUUCCCGUGGCCACCAAGGCCAUCAUUGCUGAUGUAGCCAAAGAUCAAGCGCAGGCCAUGACGUUUCUCACGGCCACAUGGGGCACGGGCAUGGUGGUUGGACCCAUGCUGGGUGGCUGGCUUGUCUCACCUCAUGCCGCAUCCCCCGGCGAGGAAGAUCACGGGCUAUUUGCCCAGCCGUUCGUUCAAGCUCAUCCCUUUAGCCUACCCUGCCUAGUGGUGGCCGGCAUCACGGCUGCUAUCUUUCUCGUGGCCUAUUGGGCGCUUCCUGAGACCCUUCAGGAUGAAGACAAAAAUGAGGACCAGCAAGAGACAAGCCACACCCACCAGACGAAGACGCUCGACUCGAGCAAAGCCGAUCAAGCACCCCUCAGUGGCGGCUUGCUGAGCAUGUUCCGUGCCAAAAACUCGCGCUUGACUUUGCUGCUCUACACUGCCUACAGCUUUGCCUCGAUUGGGGUCGAGGAGCUACACUCCAUUUUUUGCGCAACUCAGAUUGCGCGCGGAGGACUUGGCUGGACUUCGGCCAACAUUGGAACAAGUCUAGCCGUGAUCGGGCUCGUCCUGAUUGUUGUCCAGCCCUUGGUCUACCCACUUAUGGAGCGGCGCUUGCGCAUCAUCGGCGCCUUUCGCGUCAGCUGCAUUCUUGUGGUGCUUUUUACUGUUCUCUACCCUUGCACCCACAUUUUUGCCACAUCGUAUGCCGGUAGCGGUGCCCUUGUCUGGCCCGUUUUUCUCGUCGUCUCUUGUACCUUCAAGCUUUUUCUGGGUUGUUGCUUCACCUCCAUGAACUUGCUGCUCAACAAUGCCGUUCCCAUGAAUUUACGUGGUUCCAUCAACGGGUUGAGCAUGACGGCGGCCCAAGUUGUGCGCAUGAUUGCACCACUUAUGGGUGGCCUCAUCUUUUCGUGGUCC